AUGAAGUCAUCGUUCAAGGUAUGGUUUCGAUACUAUGCACUCCAUGCAUUGGCUAAUCGUAGUCUCCAACAGUUCUCCAACCUUUGUGGCACAGUAUACAGUCGAGGCAACCUGAUCUUUACUCCCGAUGGCAACUCCAUUCUGAGUCCAGUGGGCAAUCGGGUGUCGAUCUUUGAUCUCGUCAAAAACAAGUCCUCGACCUUGCCCAUUGAAAUGCGAAGGAAUAUCGUGCGUAUGGCUCUUUCACCAAAAGCAACUAUUUUGAUCACCGUGGAUGAAACUGGACGAGCAUUACUCAUCAAUCUGCCACGACGUGUUGUUAUCAGCCAUUUCAAUUUCAAAAAGCCUGUCGCUGCGAUCGAAUUCAGCCCUGACAGUAAAUGGAUCGCUGUCAGUGAUGAACGACAUUUACAAAUUUGGAAAGCACCUGGAUUCAAUCGUGAAUACGCUCCUCUCGUAUUACACAAGACAUUUGGUGGUCAUUAUGAUGAUAUUCUUAACAUCACAUGGAGUCCCGAUUCCAAGUAUAUACUCACUUCCGCGGCUGAUAUGACUGUUCGCGUAUUUCGAAUGGAUGCUCCAAAAGAUUAUUAUCCACAAGCGCUCGCUGGACAUCGUGGUGCAGUGAAGGGAGCUUGGUUCUCUGAAGAUAUGCAAAAUAUAUACACAGUGAGCAAGGAUGGUGCUCUUUUCCAUUGGCGUUAUACCAGCAGAGCAGCUCUCACUCAAGAUAGUUCCGAUGAAGAAGAGGAUGUGGAUAUGGAAUUGGAUGAGAACAAGCGUAAAGAUCGAGUUCAAUGGCGAAUUGCAUCAAAACACUUUUUCAUGCAAACGGGCUCCAAGGUUCGAUCUUGUCAAUUCUUUGCCCCAAGCAAUUUGAUGGUCGUUGGAUUCAGCAAUGGCAUUUUCGGCCUUUAUGAGCUCCCUGGAUUUACAAACAUUCAUACUUUAAGCAUUACACAGCAUAAGAUUGAUACUGUUGCCAUCAACAGCACUGGCGAAUGGUUGGCGUUUGGUUCUCCGACAUUGGGUCAGCUUUUGGUUUGGGAAUGGCAAUCCGAGACCUAUGUUUUGAAGCAACAAGGCCAUUUCUACAAUAUGAGCUCGUUAUCUUAUUCAGCGGAUGGCCAAACAAUUGCCACUGGUGGUGAUGAUGGAAAGGUCAAAGUGUGGAACGCGACAUCAGGUUUUUGCUUUGUGACAUUCAGUGACCACAAGAGCAAUGUUACUGCUGUUGAUUUUGCCAAGCAAGGCAAGGUGCUAUUUUCAUCCAGUCUCGAUGGCACUGUGCGAGCAUUCGAUUUGGUGCGUUACAGAAACUUCCGAACAUUCACCAGCCCCAACCCUGUACAAUUUUCAUGCUUGGCAGUCGAUCCUAGUGGUGAAAUGGUGUGUGCAGGAACCAUCGACACAUUCGAGAUUUAUUUAUGGAGCGUACAAACGGGCAAAUUACUCGACAUUCUUGCUGGACACGAAGGACCUAUCAGCUCUUUGGCCUUUUCUUCGAAUGGCAUGAUGCUUGUCAGCGGCAGUUGGGAUCACACAGCACGAACAUGGGAUAUCUUUGGACGCAACAAGCACGUGGAGAGUUUACAACAUCAAAACGAAGUGUUGGCUGUCGCUUUUCGACCGGAUGGCAAAGAGAUUGCUUCAGCUACUUUGGAUGGACAAAUUUCAUUAUGGGAUAUUGAUUUGGCAAAGCAAGUUGGAACGAUUGAAGGACGUAAAGACAUUUCGGGAGGUCGACGAUUGGCUGAUCGCACCACAGCAGAGAAUUCAUCUUCUGGCAAAUGCUUCAACUCGAUUUGUUAUACAGCUGAUGGUAGCAGUAUCAUUGGUGGCGGCAACAGCAAGUACAUUUGUAUAUACGACAUUGACACCAAGGUUCUCGUGAAGAAGUUCCAAAUAUCAUGCAACCUCUCCUUGGAUGGCACACAAGAAUAUUUGAAUUCAAAAAAUAUGACCGAAUUUGGAAGCAAAGAGUUAAUGGAUGAUGAUGAUCCAUCGGAUGUGGAAGAUCGAUUGGAUCGUACAUUGCCUGGUGCUCAACGAGGCGAUUUAUCUGUACGACGUACACGACAAGAAGCACGAACCACAGCUGUGCGAUUUUCACCCACGGGACGAGCAUGGGCAGCAGCAACGACUGAUGGUCUUUUGAUUUAUUCUUUGGAUGAUGCCAUUUUGUUUGAUCCCUUUGAUUUGGAAACGGACAUCACGCCUGACACAGUAUUGGAAGCAUUGCAAGAUAAAGAAUACCUUCGAUCUUUGUGUAUGGCAUUCCGAUUGAAUGAGAAAUCGGUGCUGCAUACUGUAUUUGAAUCGAUUCCUCCAUCUUCGGUCGACCUUGUCGCACGCAGCUUAUCCGAGAAAUACCUUGACAAGCUUAUGCAGUUCAUCGGCUCACACAUGGAAAAGAGCCCCCAUAUUGAAUUUCAUUUAAUGUGGAUCGUGAGUGUCAUGACGCAUCAUGGUCGCUAUCUCAAGGAGCAUCGUGGAGAAUACCAAUCCAUGUUCCGCACGCUUCACAAGAGCAUCAGCCGAGUUCGGGAGGACAUUGCAAACUUGUGUGAUAAUAAUUUGUACACUCUGAGAUACCUCUUGACGCAAGGCACACUGGCUGCAAAUAGCAAUGUGACAUCCCAAUAG